CCUGCGAGCGUGGGGUGUCUCGAGGUUGGCGGCUGCCGGCGCUCAAGAGCGCAGGGGUUUGUGGCCUGCGUUCGACCGGCACCAGUCUCUCACUCUCCGAGGCAGCGAGGCGCAGCGAUCCGUCUCCCCGCGCCCCGUGCGGUGUGGCCAUGGAGAAUCAGGUGCUGACGCCUCACGUCUACUGGGCUCAGCGACACCGCGAGCUGUAUCUGCGCGUGGAGCUGAGUGACGUACAGAAUCCUGCCAUCAGCAUCACUGAAAAUGUGCUGCAUUUCAAAGCUCAGGGACAUGGUGCCAAAGGAGACAAUGUCUAUGAAUUUCACUUGGAGUUCUUAGACCCUGUGAAACCAGAGCCGGUUUACAAACUGACCCAAAGGCAGGUAAACAUUACAGUACAGAAGAAAGUGAGUCACUGGUGGGAGAGACUCACCAAGCAGGAGAAGCGCCCACUGUUUUUGGCCCCCGACUUUGAUCGCUGGCUGGACGAGUCUGAUGCGGAAAUGGAGCUCAGAGCCAAGGAAGAAGAACGCCUAAAUAAACUAAGAAUUGAAAGCCAAGGCUCCCCUGAAACUCUUACAAGCUUGAAGAAAGGAUACCUGUUCAUGUAUAAUCUUGUGCAGUUCUUGGGAUUCUCCUGGAUCUUUGUCAACAUGACUGUGAGGUUCUUUAUUUUGGGAAAAGAGUCCUUCUAUGACACGUUCCACACCUUGGCCGACAUGAUGUAUUUCUGCCAGAUGCUGUCAGUUGUGGAAACUAUCAAUGCAGCAAUUGGAGUCAUUAAGUCACCAGUGAUACCUUGUCUUAUCCAGCUUCUUGGAAGAAAUUUCAUUUUGUUUAUCAUCUUUGGCACCAUGGAAGAAAUGCAAAACAAAGCUGUGGUUUUCUUUGUGUUUUAUACAUGGAGCGCAGUUGAAAUCUUCAGGUACCCCUUCUACAUGCUUUCCUGCAUUGACAUGGAUUGGAAGGUGCUCACAUGGCUUCGCUACACUGUGUGGAUACCCUUGUAUCCUCUGGGAUGUUUGGCAGAAGCUGUCUCAGUGAUCCAGUCCAUUCCAGUAUUCAAUGAAACAGGAAGAUUCAGUUUCACAUUGCCAUAUCCAGUGAAAAUCAAAGUUAGAUUUUCCUUUUUUCUUCAGAUUUAUCUCAUAAUAUUAUUUUUAGGGUUGUACAUAAAUUUUCGUCACCUUUAUAAACAGCGCAGGCGGCGCUACGGACAAAAAAAGAAAAAGGUCCACUGAAAACAAAGAUUGAGAGGAUUCCUUGCCAGUUUGAGCCUAAUCUAUAAUUCUUACAGUUUUACCUUCUUGUACUGAUGUAAAAGUUUUUUUAAAGUUAAAUGAUUAAAUUCUCAGUGAAGCUAUCUUCCCUUUUCCCCCAUAACAUUCCUGAAUUUACUGAACUUAGUGUAGUACUUGCAUGACAUGGGUUCCUGGUAUCUGAGGACAGGUUUGUUCUUGUGUGUUCCAUUAAUGACCGCAAAAGACUCAGCCCUACCCCCCCACACUCCUUGUCCUGUCACUCUCACACGGGCCAGAGAUAUUUCUUCAGUGCCCUAACCCUACCAGGUACUGGCCAUUCUUAUAGCUGGGAAUUGUUCUUUUCAGCUGUUGCUUGUAAGAAAAAAAACACUGUUGCCUCUACAGGGGGCUGUGAAAGUGACUCAGGCAGGACCUUGGAUAUAUUCUGUAUCCAAGGAGUUGCUUGUUAAGUGGGGUGGCAUUGAUUUUU